CGCCCACUGCGCCGGCGCCUUCCUUUCCGCCCCGGACGCCGCCGAGGUCGCACGCGUGAGGCCCGUCCGCCGCCGCCGCCGCCGCCAUGCGCUACGUGGCCUCCUACCUGCUGGCCGCCCUCGGGGGCAACUCCUCGCCCAGCGCCAAAGACAUCAAGAAGAUCCUGGACAGCGUGGGCAUCGAGGCGGAUGACGACCGGCUGAACAAGGUCAUCAGCGAGCUGAACGGGAAGAACAUCGAGGACGUGAUCGCGCAGGGAAUCGGCAAGCUGGCCAGUGUGCCCGCCGGCACGGCCGUGGCCGUCUCUGCCGCCCCGGGCUCCGCGGCCCCCGCGGCCGGCUCGGCGCCCGCUGCAGCCGAGGAGAAGAAGGAGGAGAAGAAGGAGGAGUCCGAGGAGUCGGACGACGACAUGGGAUUCGGCCUCUUCGACUAGCCCCGCGCCCCCAAUAAAGCCUUUGUACCUUGUGUA